AUGAAAAUCCCGGAUGCGUCGCGAUCGUGCCAUGGAAUGUCGGAUCACGUGGAUCGUGGCACCGCAACUUUGCCUGGUCUUCACCAUCGCAUUUGCAGCGUGAAUCGACCGUGUACUCACAGCACUUGUCACACGCAUAAACGUGCAGUGUUUGAUGACUUAUAUGUGACUCAAACUCAGGCUUGGCAACCUUUAACCACGGAUUUAUCUCAUACGGAUUUAUUGAUUAACGAAAACAACUCCGACAAGAACAUAGAUUCGGAAGCAGCAAACUGUUCGCGGAACCGUAAUUGCCGGGGGAUUGCCCAGGAGUCACGUGUCUAUCCUCCUCGUACGGCUCGUACCAACUCGUUAAGUUCGGAGUACGUGAAUCGACUGCAACAUUUCAAUCCACUCUUCCAACAGGACACUAGGAAAUUAUCGUGUCCGAGCCGUGCUCCGGCGACUAUGGAGCUGGAAUCGACGAACGGGGCUGGUCCACUCGUGUUCAAGUGCACUUGUUCGCAUGUCUGCACGCAAACUCCACAGGCACGGCAGCGUCCCUCGCCCCGAAGCGUCAAAGCCGGAAAGCACACCAAUACGACAAACACGAAUAAUUUUAUCGGAUCCUCUGCUAUUGCAACUGAUCAGCCUGUAAAAUUGUCUUGCUUGACAGACCCGAACGAGUAUUUCUCUGCACCUGCAAUGACCUGUUUGGAUUCCGGUUGCCUUGGAGUUCGUGAAUUUGGCACAGAUCACGAUGUGCUUGGUAGCCCUCGACCUUUGCGUUCAGAUUUGGCCAACGCUCCGUCAUCAGUGAGUGGUGCCAGACAUGUUCUGGUCACAGCAACAACAGCCGGUAGUGGUAACACAACAGGUAACGGUGGCCUCGUGAUUGAUCAGAACAAGCUCUCGCGCCAACCAAUCACGAAUCAUCAACUCCGCAUCCCGUCUGGAUCAAUGCUUGUCGCUGUUCCCGCAUCAGCCGGUCAAUUCUCUCGCACCCAUCCCGGUUACGUUCAGCAAACUUUAUCUCAUGCCCCACACCUAUCCCAUAACCAACAUCCACACCAUCAUCAUCACCACCAUCACCAUCAUCUACCCUCGGCCCAAACCCUUGGCCACACACGUAACGCUUCUCUACCACACAGUCAACUGGUGCAUUUGACCACGAACACCAAGUCACCACCGACGUGUCUGGUAAUCCCCGCGCAGUGUCACAUCCACAGUGGCCAUACCACAGUAGCCAGUUUAUCCGAUGCAGCUACAUCCCAUGGCCAUACCGUUCAGACCCAUCCUCCGUCGUCCUCGUCUGCGCCAGCUUCAGCUGCUCAGCUCCAACAGUUGGCCCUGGCUAAACAUCAGGCUCGUCAACAAGAGAAGCGACGAAAAAGAAUCUACCGUAUUGGAUUGAAUAUUUUCAAUAAAUCACCCCUGAAAGGCAUUGAAUUUCUCAUCAAAUAUGGGUUCUUGGAUUGCACUCCGGAAACGGUGGCACGUUUUCUGCUGACCCGAAAAGGGUUGAGUCGUGUGGCCAUCGGAGAUUAUUUGGGGAACACAAAAGACGAACUAGCUAUGACUACCACUCGACAAUUUAUGCGUGAAUUGGACUUUCGUGAACAGGAGGUGGAUGAUGCUCUCCGGUCGUUGCUUAGCUGCUUUCGCACUCCCGGUGAAUCACAAAAGAUUGUGCAUCUUUUGACUGAAUUCCAAGCGGCCUAUAUAGAACAGAAUUCGGCCAGAGUCAAAGCGCAGUUUCGCAAUCCGGACUCGGUGAUGGUCCUGGCCUAUGCGAUUGUAAUGCUUCACACGGACAUGUACAGCCCCAACGUCCGACCACAGAGCAAAAUGACCCGAGAUGAGUUUGUGCGAAAUUUGCGCGGUGUAGAUGCUGGAGAAGAUCUGGACCGAAAUUUGCUUCUUGCCAUCUACGAUCGAAUUCAACAACGUGAGAUGUCCGUCGCCCCAGACCACACGGAUCAGGUGCGCAAAAUCCAACAACAUCUGACCGGACCGUUGAGACCGUUAAAUCUAGCCUUGCCACAGCGACGUCUUGUGUGCUACUGUCGUCUAUAUGAGGUCCCGGACAAGAACAAACGUGAACGACCCGGUGCACACCAGCGUGAAGUGUUCCUUUUCAACGAUCUACUUCUGAUCACGAAAGCUGUACAGAAGAAACGUCGAGACGCGGCGAUCGCGUACCAGGUUCGCGUCUCACUCAAUCUGUUAGGUGUUCGACUGGUCGCGUUCGAAACACCACACCAUCCACACGGUUUGGAACUGUUGCUGCCCAUCGGUGAGAGUAAUGUGUCCUUGAACAGUAAAGAGAGCGGUCUGAACCCGGCUGCACCACUCACCCCGGACGGACGAGCCCGGAUUCUGGUCACACUGAACACAAAAACACUGUCUGACCGAGCCCGAUUUAUGGAGGACUUGCAAGAGUGUAUUGUUGAAGUGGCUGAGAUGGACCGGAUUCGAAUUGAGGAUGAGGUGGCAAAACAGAUGCAACAGAAACGACGUCUGAGUAAACAACUAUCCACCGCGGCGACUGUGGGCAAUCACCUGAUGAGCAGUUGUAAGAGCAAUGGCAAUCACAACGUCGGUAGCAGCAAUGGGAGUAGUAACAGUCUCAGAAAUAACAACAACAACAACACUUACGCUUUCAUGAGCUCACAAAAUCGUGUCAAGAUGAUUCGAGUUUUAGGUGAAGAUCGUGCUAAACGACCAUCAGAUUGGGCACAUGCCCGUCUGACUGCGUCGGCACUGAGCAACGGCAAGGCGAUCCGAGCCAAGACGGUACCGCGUGAAUUUGAGGCUAUGGUACGUCGUGGUAUUCCAUCUAAUAUGCCCAUGAAUAUGGCGUCCGGUGAGCUGCGGGAAACGGUUGUUCCUCGCCCGGAUGUGUUGGAUACAAAGUGCGGCCCGACAAAAUCAUCCACAGAGGUUCCUGAUGCUGCUGAGGAAAACCAACGUCUUAGUGGAGACAGUGGUCUGUUGGCUGACUUGGAAACCCCUACCUCUCAAUGCUCACGCGUUCUGGGAUCGAAUACAUCCUAUUCACCGUCCUAG